CGACAUCGCCCAACACACCCAGCGCACCCGGUGAAGACCAGUCAAUCAACACUUCACCAACACCGCAAUCAUGGGUAUCUCUCGUGACUCCCGUCACAAGCGCAGCGCCUCUGGUGCUAAGCGCGCAUACUAUCGCAAGAAGAGAGCUUUCGAGAAGGGCCGCCAGCCAGCCAACACCCGUAUUGGCGCCAAGCGUGUCCACCUCGUCCGCACCCGUGGCGGCAACCGCAAAUUCCGCGCCCUCCGUAUCGACUCCGGUAACUUCUCCUGGGGCAGCGAGGGUAUCGCCCGCAAGGUCCGCGUCAUCGGUGUAGCUUUCCACCCUUCCAACAACGAGCUCGUCCGUACCAACACCCUUACCAAGUCCGCCAUCAUCCAGGUCGAUGCUGCGCCUUUCCGUCAGUGGUAUGAGGCUCAUUACGGUCAGCCAUUGGGUCGUAGACGCCAGGCGAAGACUGAGACCGAGGAGGUGAAGAAGAGCAAGAGUGUGGAGAAGAAGCAGCAGGAGCGCCACAAGGCUCUUGGAAAGGUCGAGGCUGCUCUUGAGCGUCAGUUUGAGGCUGGCCGUCUUUAUGCUGUGGUUGCUAGCCGUCCCGGUCAGUCUGGUCGUGUGGAUGGGUACAUUCUGGAGGGCGAGGAGCUUGCAUUCUACCAGCGUGCCAUCAGGAAGUAGAGUGGCUUUGUCAUCUCUACUGCUGCUUCCUGUACCUGGCGGGCGGCGUUUGGGCAUGGCCGGGGAGUCGAUGCAUUUGAGCUACCACUACUACUGGCAGGGAAUGGAAUGGAACAAUGGGCAAGAGCUGCAAGUUUCGUGUCUUUCCGCUGUGGAGUUGAGAAAAGUACGAUGCAGCUUUGUUCGUGUCUAGAAUACGAAGGCAAUGCAAAAUGCUAUGAAGGGAACUACUUAUGAUUGUUAUG